GACACUCUUCUCACUGAUUUGUCCUCGAGCUGCGCUCGGCAACAAACAUGCCCCAUCUCACUUCUCAUUCUUCCCCUCUAACUUGCUCAUCGACCCUUUUCAUCGCCCUCAUCCUCAUAUUCAGCCAGCCGAACCGAUCCACCGCAGCUGCUGAUGCCAAUGCCACGGGCCGCCACCGCCAGAUGUCGUUUGACUACUACGUCAAGUCGUGCCCCCAGGUCGAGCAACUCAUCGGGUCAGUCACGAGCCAGCAGUUCAAGGAAGCGCCGGUCUCCGGGCCGGCCACCAUCCGGCUCUUCUUCCAUGACUGCUUCGUUGAGGGAUGUGACGGGUCGAUAUUGAUAUCGAGCAAGCCCGGAAGCAAGGAGCUGGCCGAGAAGGACGCGAUUGACAACAAAGAUUUGAGGGCGGAGGGAUUCGAGACAAUCGCGAAAGCCAAGUCCUUGGUGGAAAAUAAAUGCCCCGGCGUCGUUUCUUGUGCUGACAUUCUUGCCAUCGCUGCCAGAGACUUUGUCCACUUGUCCGGCGGUCCGUAUUACCAAGUGAAGAAAGGGAGGUGGGACGGCAGGAUCUCAAAGGCCGCGAGAGUGCCACCUAACAUCCCUCGGGCAAACUCGACCGUCGAUCAGCUCCUCAAGCUCUUCAACUCCAAGGGCCUGACCCUAGCGGACAUGGUGGUCCUCUCCGGCGGGCACACAAUCGGGUUCGCGCACUGCCAGCAGUUCUUGAGCCGCCUCUACAACUACAAGGGCACGAAGCAGCCCGACCCGGUGAUCGACCCGAGGCUCCUGAAGGCCCUGAGGAUGUCGUGCCCGCAAUUCGGGGGGAACAAAGACAUUGUCGUGCCGUUUGACGUGACCACGCCAUUUUUGUUCGACCACACGUAUUACGCGAACCUCGAGGCCAAGUUGGGACUGCUGGCCUCGGACCAGGCCUUGUUCUUGGACCCGAGGACGAGGCCGGUGGUGCAGGAUCUCUCGAAGGAUAAGCAGAAGUUCUUCCAAGCUUUUGGGGCUGCAAUGGAGAAGAUGGGGAUGAUUGGGGUCAAGAGGGGGAGGAAGCAUGGGGAGAGGAGGAGAGAUUGUAGCUUCCAUGGGUGAAUGUCCAUGCUUUUUUCUUUCUUUGUUUUCAAAUUUCAUGUUUUUUUUUUUAUUGGAUUUGGGGUUUGGAUUUGUUGAGUUUGAUUGCUUGGUGGUGUUGUAGAGUUGUAGGUGAGGCCUUGUGAAUGGAUGAGAGCCGUGAAGAAAUUAGGAGAGUUCGUGCAUACUUUUGGGCACAUUCACUCGUUGAUUGUUAACUUUGGAUUUGUUCAUGCAACUAAUUGGGAUUCACUUCAUUUAAGAUAA